AUGGACAGCUUAAAAAAUAGAGACUAUGACAUCAUCUCGUCUUUCCUUGGACAUUGGGGACCUUUUCAGCGAAGGAUUUUUAUAGCGCUGGCCGUCAGCAUCCUCCCAAACGGUUUUGUUGGCAUCUAUAUAGUAUUCGUAGGUGCCACCCCAACUCAUGAGUGCUAUAUCCCUGAACAGUAUAACAUCAGUGAGAUGUGGAGAAAUGUGACGAUCCCAUUGGAAACAGUUGAUGCCACUGUAAAGCGCAGCUCUUGCUCAAGGCUUAACCUGGAAAUUGUCAGGAACUACUCUCAAAAGGAAUUCAUCCCAAACGUGGAUGUGAAUGUGAGUGAAAUUCCUUUGGAGAGUUGUCUGGAUGGGUGGAUAUACAGCAAAAAAAUCUACCAGUCAACCAUUGUCACAGAGUGGGAUUUGGUUUGUGAGAAUGCAUACAAAACUCCGCUGACCACCUCCAUCCAUUACCUUGGUGUGCUGUUUGGAGCAUUUCUCUCAGGCCAGAUGUCUGACAGGUAUGGAAGGAAGCCAGUACUCUUUGCUAUGAUGUUUCUUCAAACUCUGACCAUCACAUUGCAGAUAUUCUCCCCAAGCUGGGAGGUUUUCAGCCUCAUUUUCUUCUUUGUGGGUUCUGGAUCAUUCUCCAACUUUAUCGUUGCCUUUGUGCUGGGUACAGAAAUUCUAAGCCCAAAAGCCCGAGUGGUCUUCUGCUCCCUGGGGGUUUUUAUGAGCUCAGCUGUGGGGUACAUGGCAAUGCCUGCGGUGGCCUACUUCCUGCGUGAAUGGCGGAUGCUGAUGAUUCCCAUGGCUGCCUCUGGCCUGAUCUACAUCCCUCUGUGGUGGUUAGUUCCAGAGUCCCCUCGCUGGCUGCUCACUCAGGGACAUGUGGCGAAGGCUGAGGCCAUACUGAGAGACGCCGCCAGGGAAAAUAACACCGAGGCUCCACAGGCUAUUUUUACACAAGCGGAGAUCGAAGAUGCAUUGACUAUGAAAGAAAAGAAAUACAACAUUUGGGUCAUCCUGAACAGUUGCAAUAUAUUCUCUCUUACAUUGCUGUGUUCGAUUCUGUGGUUCAUCAUCACCAUCAGUUACUUUGCUUUGAUCCUCAACACCUCAAACCUGAAUGGAGACCCUUACGUAAACUGCUUCUUGUCUGCUGUAACUGAGGUGCCAGCUUACAUAAUUGCCCUGAUACUGCUCCAGCGCUGCUCCCGGCACUUCUGCCAGUCCUCUUCGCUCUUCCUCGCCGGCAUCAUGAUCCUCUGUGUUCACCUCAUUCCAAUAGAUUUACCAGGUGUGGCUGUGUUUCUUGAGAUGCUGGGGAAGUUUGGCAUCACAUCUGCAUUUUGUGUGGUGUAUGCCGUCACAUCCGAGCUUUUCCCCACCGUUAUUAGAAAUACAGCAAUGGGGUGUUGCUCCAUGGCUGCUCGAAUUGGCACCAUCAUCUCCCCCUUUAUCAUUUACCUGGGACAAUACUUCAGGGCACUGCCAUACAUAUUGAUGGGAGGUCUAGCCAUUUGCGGUACCGUUAUAUGUCUCCUGCUGCCGGAAACUUUUGGGAAGCCUUUGCCAGAGACCAUAUCACAGAUGCAGCAGAUAUCCAGGAGAAGAGGAAAAAAGGCAAAGGAAGCUGAAAAUGGAGAGAGCGCAGCUGAAUAUCAAAAAAAAGAAUCCAGGCUAUAAUUGACCAUGUUUUUUGUUUAUUUGUAUUGUAUUUAUUUGAUGGUCAUAGACUGUAACUAGACAUCAAAUGACAAGUUUUGUGACCUUUUUUUUUUCUUUAAAGCUGUUUGAUUUUAUGUAUUUUUGGUUGAAAUGUCCUAUAUCUUAACUGUAUUCAUUCCCUACUUAACUUAUUGU